UUAAGGUAUAGUUACUGUAAGCUGUACAGAAGCAGUGGUGGAAACAAGCUUAUUUUUAUAAUCUUUGGAGAAUUUAAAGCAAUAAAACAGGAGAAACAGAAGUUAAAUGAGGAAAUGGCUCUUCUAGACGAGCUGAGCAAGAAAACUAGAGACUCUACUUAUAUUAAUAAGGUGUAAAGAUGGCAAAAAAUAAACAGAAGGGGAAGAAACAGAAGAAUGUGUUUCAGGUGGCCCAGAAACAGACCAAGCUUAAGACCAAAACCAAGCCGGUUAAGACGUCAUUAAAACACAUAAACACCCUGAAGAAUGAAAGAGUGGAGAACCUGAAUCAGAUCUUCUCAGAUGUUCAGAGGGACGUGAAAAGCAUCUCAAAAUCUACAGCUCCAGAACCGAAAGAGAAAACUGUGGUUGUGAGAGAGAAGAAGCAGCAGGAGGCUGUGAAUGUGGACGGAGCUGCUCAGCUUUUCUCUCAGCUGUAGAGAAACAAGGACUUUCUAAUGGAUCUGUUCUGCUGUGAGGGUUUAAACUCAGGCAGUCGCGGUGCCAAACCCAACCUGGAGGAGAAAUCACUCUCCAGAUCAGGCGGUAGUGGAGAAAAUUGGACAAAUGUCUUUUUCCACACACAGUGUGUUUUGGAUCACUGAUGGAUUUAAUGAGAAUCGACAUUAAGGAAUGUUCAAGAAGAUAUGAGCUGGAAAAAUGAAGGGAGCGCUUCUGAACCCAACUUGAACCUAACUUGGGAAAAAGGGAAAGAUGAAUUAAUGAAUGUGUGAAAAUCUGCCAGUUUUAUUGUCAGUAAAACACUGGCUUGAAUUUCAUCUGUCGCUCCUAAUAAAAAACGUGUUGUUUUAGACAACACAACAAAAUUGA